UGGGAACGUCUGUCAACAUUGCAAGAAAUAGUAAAUCCAUCGUAGAUCCGAACCCCAUUAGUAUCAGACUACGCAUUGACUGACGCAAAGUCGAGAUUAAAAAUUGAAGAUUGAAAUUUUACUCAAAAGUCUCCUCUUGUCUUGAUUGAUCAAAUUCCAAUCUUCAAUUCUUAAUCUUCGUGUAAUCUGAGGGACUUUAAACCUGAUUCAUACGUCAAAUUGCGCAAUACGUUGAACACUUUCCACAUGUUGAAACACAAGUUGACCAAUCAAAGCAGAGAGUCAUUAGCUCCAAUUGGUUAAUCGAACGUUUCGAAAUGUUUCAAGCGUUAGGUAAAGUAUAUAUCCAUAAUAAUAUCAUUUAGUUUAGAUUAAUUGAUUCCCUCGCAUGUACAUUUCAUAAUAAAUCCGUCUGGAUAAACCUUAACAUUCGUUUACACUGAGGUAUGUAUACACCCAUCUGUCCUUCAAUGACAAUCAUUUUCGUGCGUGACACUCGCAGCGGUUAACUAGGCGCGCGCGGGACAUGUCUCGGUCAGGUUAGAUAGUGACGUUACAAUGAUCAACAUCGGCAACGUAGUGCAACGAUAGCAACUCUGACGAUGACAGUGACACGUGUUGUCACGGGCAAGGCGUAGUCAGGACAAUAAUCCCGACUGCGGGUGAAAGCGACGACGGUUAUCGUACACUCAUCGUAGUUUCAUUCAAGCGGAAGACGACUCGAUUGCGUGGGAAAGAUGCCGUUAGUCGUGAGAAAUUGUCCGCAUCUGGCGAACCGCGGCGAUCUCGCCUUCAUCGAGGCGCUGAUGACGCGGGAGGAACGUUUCGCCAAGUGCAGCGAUUGCGACAUUUCGGGACCCAAUCUCUGGCUCUGCCUGUUCCCCGACUGCCGCUGGGUCGGCUGCGCCGAGACGCAUCUCGACCACAGCACCAUUCAUAAUCAAACCUAUCCGACCCACUGCGCCCACAUGAAUCUGUCUACCAAGAGAAUCUGGUGUUAUGCCUGCAAGAGCGAGGCUAUCGCCAAACAUGUACCCUCACCCCCGUUGUCGCCCACGCAAGUGGAGUUUAAAACUAUGGGCAACAAGUUUGCCGGGGAUGCUCCUGGUGGUAGCGAAUCCAAACUGGAUGGCUUGGACAGAUUGAUGUUCGAUAAAUUUUAUGGAGAUUGGGUCGCAAACAGAAUUAAUUCGGAAAAAGGAAAUUCAUUUAAUGAGCGAUCUGAUUCUCCUGAUAGUACAGAUUCGGAUGAGAGUAAGGAUUUCUCUGGGAAGCCAAGAGGUUUGGUAGGCUUGCAGAAUAUUGGCAACACGUGUUACAUGAAUGCAGCAUUACAAGCUCUAUCCAAUGUGUCUCCCUUGACACAAUUCUUUUUGGACUGUGGUCAUAUGGUUAAUUACAUGUCGAAAGACAGGAAACCUGGGCUGAGUCUAAGUUACUUGACUCUCGUUCGGGAUAUGUGGAGUAAAAAAAACAAGGGAUGUGUUGUACCGCAUGGUGUUCUAUCAGGUAUCAGGACAGUCCAUCCCAUGUUUAGAGGGUAUCAUCAACACGAUACUCAAGAAUUUCUCAGAUGUUUUAUGGAUCAACUACACGAGGAACUGAAAGAACAUAUCGAGGAUGAUAGAGAUGUUCAGCUGCGACUCAAAGGACUAGGCGAUCACUCGUCAGAGGACGAGGAUGAGGCCGAGAUAGAUGGUAACGCGUCCAGUCAGUCCGACGCCGAGUACGAAACGUGUGACUCGGGCGUAAGCGAACAGAGCUCGCUGAGCGAUGAAGGUGAACGUGGUACGAAGAGACGGUAUUCUCGAGUGUCGCAGACGGAAAAGCUACGUAACAAAUUCACCAAUAGAAACCUGAAAAAGUCGAAUAUGGAGCCGGCGUUUGCUCCGCCGCAACGUUCCCCGCAAAAUUCGCCGGCUAAGCAUCGCACCAAGAAGCAAAUGAAAACACGCAGCAUCAUCAGCGACACGUUCGAUGGUAAGCUCCUUAGUAGCGUGCAGUGCCUGACAUGUGAUAGGAUUUCCACUCGGAUAGAGACUUUCCAAGACUUGUCCUUACCCAUCCCGAGUAGAGAUCACAUCGACAUGUUGCAUCAAGGAUCGCUAACGCCGCAGAAGGCCGGACCAUGUUCUGACGUAGUCUACGUGACCAAUCAGUCGGGAUGGCUAUCAUGGUUUUUGCAAUGGAUGCGUUCGUGGUUCUGGGGACCAGUGGUCAGUCUGCAUGACUGCCUCUCCGCAUUUUUUAGCGCCGACGAGCUCAAAGGCGACAAUAUGUACAGCUGUGAGAAGUGCAAUAAGUUACGCAAUGGUAUCAAAUUCUCCAAAGUCCUGGAACUGCCCGAGAUAUUAUGCGUUCAUUUGAAGAGAUUCCGUCAUGAAUUAAUGUUCAGUUCAAAGAUCGCCAAUUACGUAUCAUUUCCCCUCGAAGGUCUCGAUAUGCGACCAUAUCUGCACAAGGAGUGCGUGUCCAAAGUUACAACUUAUAAUUUAAUAUCAGUCAUUUGCCAUCAUGGUACGGCCGGUGGCGGCCACUACACCUGUUUCGGAUUGAAUCCAGUCACCAACAAAUGGUACGAGUUCGACGAUCAGUACGUGACGGAAGUGUCGCCGGACACGGUGAAGCAAUGCGAGGCGUAUGUACUCUUCUACAAAAAAUGGUCACCGGAAAUGUUGCAAUUGCGUGAUAAGACUAUGGAACUCAUGGAAAUAUCGUCUCGCGAGCUAUCUGAUCUAAACUUCUUCGUGUCUCGACAAUGGAUUAACCGCUUCAAUACAUUCUCGGAACCCGGGCCGAUCGAUAAUUCCGACUUUCUGUGUCCUCAUGGGGGAGUGAUUCCCGUUAGAGCGCAUUUCGUUGACAAGAUCAGUAUGCCUAUACCACAGGCAGUUUGGGAAUAUUUAUACAAUGCAUUUGGAGGAGGUCCAGCCUGCACGCAUCUGUAUGAGUGCCCAAUCUGCGAAGAGAAGUAUGAAUCCUUGCAGAAACGUAGGCAAUACGAGAUGGAACUAUUCCAACGAUUGAAUCACACUACCGACAAUCACACGGCUAUCUAUGCAUUAGCUAUGGCUUGGUUGAGACAAUGGCAGAGCUUCGUUCGAGGGAAAGAGACACAGCCGCCAGGACCAAUUGAUAAUAAUUCCAUCGUUGUAAAUAAAAAUGGACAAAAUAGUCUUAAAGUUGGCUCGGAUUACGGUCAAAUUCCUGAAGAGUUGUGGCAAUUUUUCUUGACUACAUAUGGCGGUGGACCAGAAUUGAUGCUGCACUCGUGUCAACGACCGGUGCCCACUCAGCCUAAUGUUUCUAUACAUUCCGUGUCGAAUCCAAAUUUAAUAGAUUCGAAUCUGAAGUGUAAUCGCAUAGAGGCUAAGUCUAAUAAACUUACUACGACCAGGAGUUCGGAAACGAUUUCGCAACAGGACAGCGCAAUUGAAAGCCUACUUUCGAGCAGCGACUCCCAUCAAACACAGAGGGACGUAAGCGAAUAAAUCACAAAUGAAUUGCGAUUUUGCGAUAUCCCGUUCAUUAGGACAAACAUUUCCAUUGAUUCUUUAAGUUAGCCUGUAAGUAAUCAAAUUAUUCUAAUUUCGCAAAACUCCACGUUUUAUGCUCGGAAUAGCUUGAUACUUCCUUAAAUUUUUAUAGGUGAGAUAUUGUGCACUGGAAUGUAUAGUAUCUGUGUCUGUGUUUUUAGUAUUGUGGAAAUAAAAUGAUCACUGUCAUUUUGCGAUUUGAAGAUGGAGAAAGACAAUCAGAUAUCUUUGUAUCGAUUGUAGCGAUUUAUGUACAAAAUUUGUAAAAUUAAAUUCCUUCAUAAUGUGCAAUAAAUUCUAA